CUGCCGCGCCGCGCCGCGCCGUGCGAGAUCUGAGGUCCGCGCGGAAGGAGAAGGGAACCCAUCCUCGCGAGAUCCCGUCGGGCGCCCUCCCCGCCGGCGUCGCCCCCGCUGCAGGAGCCGGCGCGGCGAUGGUGCGGCCGGCGGGCCUCCUCGACCCGGCGACGAGGCGCCGCCCCUUCCUCGACCAGCGCCGCCCGUCCUUCCGGCGCCGCUGGCAGCAGCGCCCGCUCUGGGCCCGCCUCCUGCUCUCGCUCCUCCUCGCCCUCGCCUGCGCCCUCCUCCUCCUCGGCCUCGCCGGCUCCCCCGACCCCUCCUCCCCGCCCUCCACCGACGCCUCCUCCUCCGGAUCCGCCGAUGCCGUCUCCUCCCCUCUCCUCCGCCAGAGAUCUUACCUCGAGGUUAUCACGGACACGCACAACAUGACGGACGAAAUGCUGAGCGCUCACUCGCUUUCCCGCCAGCUCAUGGACCAGAUUUCCCUCGCAAAGACCUACAUCACGGUCGCGAAAGAAGCCAGCAACCUGCAGUUCGUGGCGGAGCUUGGUGCGCUGGUGCGGCGGGAGCAGAGCAUCCUCGCGCGUGCCGCUGCCAACGGUGGCACGGUGGUCAAGGAGGAUGCGGAGAAGGCGAUCAGGGACAUGGCCAUGCUGUUCUAUCAGGCUCAGCAGUUCCGUUACGACAGCGCGGUCACCAUCUUGAAGCUGAAGGGCCAGAUUCUGUCCCUGGAGGAGAAGUCCAAGGCCGAGGCGGACAAGAGCACAAAGUAUGGCCAGAUUGCUGCCGAGGAGCUCCCAAAGGGGCUUUAUUGCCUUGGUGUCCGGUUAACCAUGGAAUGGUUCAAGAGUGCCGAGCUUCAGAGGAAGUUCUUGGAUAGGAGCCCAGCAGUGCAGAGCAAUCUGAGGGAUAACAGCCUCUAUCACUAUUGUGUUUUCUCGGAUAACAUCAUUGCUGUCUCUGUUGUCGUCAACUCUACAACUCUGAAUUCAAAGCACCCUGAAAAGAUUGUUUUUCAUUUGGUGACCGAUGAGGUCAACUAUGAUCCAAUGAGGGCUUGGUUUGCCUUGAAUGACUACAGAGGGGCCAUUGUGGAGAUACAAAAGGUGGAGGACUUCACCUGGCUAAAUGCUUCGUAUGUUCCUGUUCUUAAACAGCUCCAGGAUGCUGCUACACAGAAUUUCUACUUCUCUGGAAGUGGUAAUCGCGGAACACCAAUCAAGUUCAGAAAUCCAAAGUACUUAUCAAUGCUCAACCACCUGAGGUUUUACAUCCCAGAAAUUUAUCCAGAACUGCACAAGGUGGUGUUUCUUGAUGAUGACAUUGUUGUUCAGAAGGACCUAUCAGAUUUGUUUACAAUCAACCUCAACGGUAACGUUAUGGGGGCAGUUGAGACUUGCAUGGAGACGUUCCACAGAUUUCAUAAGUAUCUCAAUCAUUCUCAUCCUCUGAUUCGUGCUCAUUUUGAUCCUGAUGCCUGUGGCUGGGCGUUUGGUAUGAAUGUGCUUGAUCUUGUUGAAUGGAGGAACAAGAAUGUCACAGGUAUAUAUCAUUAUUGGCAGGAGCGCAAUGCUGAUCAUACCCUGUGGAAGCUUGGAUCUUUACCACCUGGGCUUCUUGCUUUCUAUGGCUUGGUUGAAGCAUUAGACCCAAAAUGGCAUGUCUUGGGGCUGGGCUACACAACUGUCGAUCCUGAUACUAUUAAGGAAGGUGCAGUAUUGCAUUACAAUGGAAACUUGAAGCCAUGGCUGAAAAUUGGGAUGGAGAAGUACAAGGGCUUCUGGGACAACUAUGUGGACUAUUCACACCCUCUGCUUCAACGGUGCUUCAUGCGCUGAGUAUUGUGUAUCAAUAUUAGAACUUUUUGUGACCUUUUGAUGGACAUGCUUCAAAUGCAUAGCUUGAACAGGCACACACGAACAUUCUUGUGAAUUCGAUAGGCUUCGUUCACAAGUUACACCCUCAGAUUAAACAUGGACAGUUGUUUAUGCUGGCAUGUGUAGUCGAUAAGGUACAUCGACUACAGGUAUGACCGGCCAUACAGGUAAUAGCAGAAGAGCUAAGAUUGGCAUUCAGUAGGCUGCUACUUGAACAGCAUCAAGUACAUGGCUUCAUAACUUGCAACCACCAAUGUAAUUUUUUCCAUUUUGAUUUUUUGGUGAAACUGGAGGAAGGGCAUAAUUGUAGAAUUGAUUUAAAUUAUUGAGGUGCUACAACAAGUUUUGAGAUACAUAUUUAUUGGAUAUUCAGACAGGUCAACCUUUUUUUGUCUGGUUAUUUAUACAUCUUCAGAAGAAGAAUUAUCUUA